AUGCGGCCCUAACCCAUUGGCCAUUCUCACAUUAACUAAACCCAACCACAUGGAACAACCCAAGCCUAAUACUCCUCCUCCGUACCAUUAUUCACUCAUUCUCAUUCUCCAAUGCAGAGCUUGAAUAUGUCUCCAAUGGUGGUUUUCACACAUGGGUCAUCGAUAUUCCGACCCAUGGUGACUCCCAUCUUCUCUAAUCGAUCAACUGUUAGCCACUCAACUUGUUCCCUUGUCCGACUUAGAUUGUUUACAAGAGAACGUGGAUGUAGUAAGCUAUCUCUUCAAUCUUUUAGACCACAAACUACUUUCAGGAUAAGGAGUCAUCAACAGGAUGAUGCCGAAAACUACCGGGCUAAAGUCUCUAAAGAGAAUGCAGACAUACAUGAUAUACUUUCUGAUGAGGUCCUUGGAGACAUGACAGAUGCUAGUACUGAUUUUGAGUUUUCAUUUCUGGCUAAGAUAGCCAUUGCACUGGGCAUAGCUGCAAUAUUCACACUCGUCUCUAUUGGGGCAAAGCAGCCUGCUAUUGGUUCCUCUCUUGGAUUUCAGUUUCUUUCAGAUAGUUCAUCCUCUUCAGUAAUGGCCACUGCAGCAGCACCUGUUGGAUUCACCUUUAAAGCUUUUGGAUACAGAAUAGUUCUGCCAGAAUAUGCUCCAGGGUGGAUUUACUUUUGGCUGCUUAUGGCUGCAGCUUGUGGUCUUUUCAUCAGUGAAGAAGCUUUAAAUAUCUGGGUUGGGGUAUCUAUAGCAAGGAUGCUAACUUUGGAUGGGUCAUGGAAGUCUCUUGCUGAGUCCUUCUCUAAGAAUGCUGGAUACAUAACUUCGACGAUUUUUUGGGUGUACUGGGGAGUAUGCAUUAGUGACUUAAUACCAUUUUAUUUCGGAAAGCUUUUCAAACAGUCUGGGGCAUCUGAUGAUGUUUGUUCAAAGUUAGGGAUUGGCAAAGAGAAAGCUUUGAGCAUAACUCGUGCCGUUAAAAAAUAUGGCAAUCUCAUUGGUUUUGUUGAACGAUUUUCCAUUGGAGUAAGAAAUCCUACAGCAUUUUUGGCCGGUGCAUCGGGGAUAUCAGCUGAGUGUUUCUUUGCAGGAGUUUGUGGUGGUGGUUUGAUCACUCUUCCAAUUCAGCUGGGGAUAGGUUUCUUGAUGAGAGAGCGGCCUUUGUUUGCGCUUGCUACUGUCGCAACAGUUGUGGGAAUUUGGACUGUAUUCCCAUAUGCGGUGGCUGCUUCAACAGCAUUGUUCCUUUUCAUGCGACGACGGUACUCCUCUAGCUAGAUUAAACCUAAUACACAAUUUUUGGACUUCCCUUGAAUAGAGAAGAGACCAUGAUAUUAUAGAAUAGAAAGAAAAUCAACCACAUUUAUUUUCGUUAUAGACUUUAUAAAUUAGGAAAGAAAAUUUAGUUCUGUUAAUGGAAAAUUCAAAAACACUUCUGCAUUAGAUUUUCACAAUCACGCAAAUAUUUGAAUGUAAGAUAUUCUUAUUGCUGCUAUAAACAGAAUGUAUGUAUAUACAACAUUUAUAAUGGUGCACAA